AUGGUUCUUUGUUUAUUAUUAGCUGCUUGGACCGGUUGGUACAAUACGCUCAUAUCUUACAGACAACAAUACAAUAAUGCUGUCUGGGAUUAUAGACGUACUGGCCAAUAUCAAAAUAAUUCUAGACAACUUUUACAAAACAUUAAUAAUCUAAAAACACUUUAUGAAAAAGCUAAAUUAGAAACAGAAAAAGCUAAAAAAGAAUACGAAGAUAUGAAACAAAAAUAUGAACAAGAAAAAAAACUACACGAAAAAGAUGCUAAAAUUAUAGAAUUACAAACUGAAAAUACAAGGUUACGAACAAUGUAUGAUCAACAAAAAAUACUGUUAGAUAAACUUAAAACCGAUACUGAAGAAUUGGAAACACUUAAAAAAGAUAGUAUUAAAUUGCAACUUGAUAUUACAAAUUUAAAUACUGAAUUAACUAAUACUACAAAUCAACGUAAUACUUUAGCUAAAGAAAAUGAAAAAUUAAAAACUAAUUAUGAAAAU